GCGGCCUAUCAGUGGUGCAGUCCAGCCGAACGUUCCUACAUGCGGCAUGAUCUUCUGCACUCUGCAGAAAGGUUGAGGAGAGGAAGGCGAGUGUGGGUAGAAGCAGAAACCAGGUCUCGGAUCUUGGGAUUGCCAGCUGCAAAUAGAAGCCGGGCGAUGCGGCAGGUAAAAUUACCUUCCCACGUAUGCUUCCUGUGCUGCUGAGGGUUGGAAAAAGAGAUCAAGAAAGGAUGGGCAUCAGUGGCCUUUUAUUUGUUGGCAGUUUUGCGGCCAGUAGCAGUGUACCACUCAGAAUCGAAGUGCUCGGUGAGCACUGUUUUUUUUUGGUAGAAGGGUUCCCUGGUCAACCGGCCACCCUAGUCAACCGGCCACACCAAAAUAUCGACUUUUUUGGCCAUAAUCGCAGUAUCUUUUUUAUCUAGGCUUUAAUUCGUAAUAUAAUUGAUACUAUUGAUAUGGAA